UGGCAGCCCUGACGCAGAGCGUCUCGCGUCGUCCCGUCGUCUGCAUCGAGGAGCGAGUGACAGGUGACAGCUCGUUCUCUCGGCUCGCGUCCCUCGACUGGCACUGUUCGCGACGACGAAACGGCACCUCGUCCUAUCGUCCUGGCGUCGACGGUGUAGACGCGCGAUGCCACGAUGCCACGCGCGGCGAUGCCCUGAGUGUCGAGCGCGGUCGAAACGGGCGACGUUUGGCGUGAACGUCCGAUCGAACGUCCCCGACGUCGACGACGACGGCCUCGGUCUCCCACGUCCCGCUUGAUCUCGCGCCCGUCACGAUGUAAGACCUCGCCGACGACCGGAUCGAUCAGCGUCCACGCCGUCAUCGUCGUCGCUGCGUCUUCGGUGACUGUCAUCGACCGUCGUCGACGGCAGAUGGUCUCCCGCAGUUUUCCCUACGAAAAACAAAGAGAUAUGAAGAGAUGUAAUUAAGUCGGGUGAAAGCUUUUGUGUUCAAAAAGCAAGGAUCUCUUCAAUCAAGAAAAAGAAAAAAAAAAUAGCAAAGGACAACAGAUAAUUCGGCAUGAUCCGUGGCAGGAAUAGAAUCAACUUGAAAAUAUUAGAUGGGGCGGUGGAGGCAUGGAAGCCACAGCUGGCCGGCCGUCUCUUCAGAGACUCUUCAAGGACACCUUGCCAUCACCGGGAAUACCCGGAUUAGAUGUCAUAAGAGCCUUGCACCAAACGAUCGUGUCAUUGCGUACGGCUUUGGACUCGUCGCGCGAAGAGCUUCGCCGAUUGCAAGAGAGCGUCGGAGAUUUUUCCAGCGAAAGCUACGUCGACGCAGUGGGUCGUUUGGCUCUCGAGAAUCACGUUCUCAGACGAAAAAUCUUGAGCAAGAGCUGCGAAUUCUCAUGCGAUGCGGCGCCCAGCUCGCCGAUUCAGUCGAAGCGCAUCCGACUUGUAGAAACUUCUCGUAUGGAGCGACCAACAGAUUCAUCGAAAACUACCAUGGACGUAUCUAAAGCGAAGGUCGAUGCUGAUGCUCGAAAUACAUUCAAUCAACCUGCUUCUGGAAAUAGUAGCAGUAGCAGCAGCGGCAACGAUAGUCCCGAUUUGCCUUCUCGUACUAGCCGAUCCGGCAGACUCCAAACUUUAUCAAAAUUCUCCAAAGCAGUUACCAAAGGCACUAGUUCCACAAUUACCGAAGCGGCGUCAACGAUGCUAAACGUUGCUCAAAAUGAGAAUAAUAAACCCUCUAUUUCGACAACGAAAGCAUCUAGCAACGAGGAAGAGCCUCAAGAAAUUUCCGGCGAUGCGGUCAAUAUGGUCCAUUUGGAUGUUCCUGAAAAGGAUACCGAGGACUUAAGUUUAAAAUCCAUUUCCGACGGUGACAAUUCCGUAUUCAGUGAUCACACGGAUCAACCACAGGCACCUCGGAGUCAACCGGGUGAUUCAUCGAGACCGAAUGAACAUUCGGAGAACGAAUCAGAGGAGUUGGACGAUAUCGAGCUGAUAUUUACGACAGACGAGACCUGUCGCGAUCUCGGUCUGCAAGAGGAUUUGGUAUCUAUCACUGAGACCGAGUCCUGGCAACAUACAGGUACCGGCAGCGGCCAACCUGUUCUACUCAAAUAUACAAAAUCGACAGAGAAUGAAUCCUUGGUCUGUAACGGCGACAAGACCAGUUCUGUCGAGGAAGCUGUCUCCUCGCAAAGUUCCAGCAUCGAUCGUGAGGAGAGUGUCGAUAGGUUCGACGAAAGUUCCAGUACCAGACUCAAUAAGAUGUGGUCGCAGUGUUCCGUCUUGGUCGAGACGGACAUCAGCAAAUGCGGUAUAGUAGAGGAUGCUGAGAGCUCAGCGGGAUCGUCCUUGCGACAUGUCGCGAGAAGAAAUACUCUGGCUGCGCCGCCGACAACUUACAGACCUAUCAUUCAUCGAGAGGCUUUGGCUAGUAGUCGUAGAAAGAGCUCUGCUCCGUUGCGACCAGUGAUGGACCGUAGUAGUGGUGCUCGAAGAGAAUCCGGUGCUCAGACGGAUAUCUCCGCGCUUCCGGCACAAUGGCGGUCCGAAAGCUACCUGGCUCACAAGGUUGCGCAUACCUUUACUACGUUGCCGAGCAAGUUUGCGCUUCCAACAGGCGUGCCCGGUCGAUUGAGGCUGUCGGACAAGACUCGAGAAGCUAGGAGAGUGAUGUUGUCAGACAUCAGCUUCACUAGCAUGGUACCAGAGUUAUCAAGAAGCGCGGAUCAUUUAUGCCAUGAUCCACAUACGCAGUGUUUCAAUUCGCGCAAUUAUGGUCUUCGUACACCAGAAAUCCAUAGACGCGAGUCUCUGGGGUCUCCCGCGGGAUACUGGCCGCGUUGCAAUCCCGCAACAGGCUUGCCAAGUCCCUGCGAUUGUCGAUUAUCGACCGAUUUGUAUCCUUCGCGAUAUCGCGGCUCCUUGACAUCGAUACCAUCACCCGGUCUCGAGGUUGUCGGUGGUCCUCCGCGAAGACACUCUUGGAGAGCGACGGCAGCGUCCUUUGACACAUGGAGGGUUCCGGUCGCAACUUCUACGCCACGUCCGACCUGGUCUUCGAUGCCAUCCUCUCCGACACAUGUGCAUCCUCCGUCGAUCUCCUCCAGAAUUUCGAAAAGUGCACCAAAAAGAACCCGAUCAAAAGUGACUUUUCAAGAGUGUCCAAUGACGCGCGGUAGUCUGCCCAAUUUGCGUUCAGACUUGGUUGGCGGUGAAAAUAGCGGAGAUUCCACCGAAUCAUUAAUCGAUGAAGCCGAGGAUUACUUGCGGCGAAGUAUCGAUUCUAUGUUGACAAUAUCAAGCGUCAGCACGGAUUAUUGGAAUAAGCAAACAGCGAGACGAAGAAGGACGCGAAGACAUUCGGAACCUGACUUAAUUCACGAUUGGCAUCCUCCCCAGGAUGCCAGGCCAUAUUUGCCAAAGAUACCAAGAGAUCUCAAAUUAGAUCACCUUGUGAAGGUUAUAUCGCCGGAAGGUAGGGUCCUCCAGGGACGUGUGAGAUAUGUAGGUCCAGUUCCAGGUCGAGAAGAUGCGCACGUUGGUGUGGAAUUGCCAUAUGUUAAUGGUUCAUCUGAUGGUACUUUUCACGGCAGAAGAUUCUUCGAUUGUGAACCGGAUCGUGCGAUCUUUGUCCCGUUCAAGAAGGUGGUGCUUGCCUGGUGUACUACUUGACCCGAAGCGCCAAUUCCCAUGGUCACGCCUCGUAUUCUACUUUCCCAGUACACCAUGUAAGAAGAAAGGAGGGGGGGAGAGAAAGAGAGAGAGAGAAUUCGGCGAGUAAGUUGUAUUUAUCGCGCCUCCUAUUCUAUUCUCCCAGUACAUCAUGUAAGAAGAAAGGGAGGAAGAAAAAGAGAGGGUGGAGGGCGAGAGAGAGAGAGAGAGAAUUUGGUGACACAUAAGUCGUAUUUACAAAUUAUCAUAUGUGAAAGCUGGCCAGUCCUCUGAUUAGGUUCAGGUCAGAGAUAAUGAGACUAUUCUUAAUCUUUGUCGAUUAAUUCUCUCAUCCCCAUAUUUAAUUAUAUAGCUGUUUAACUACAUGUGUAAAAAUAUCAAAAUUAAAAAAAUAACUUUGGAUGCCAAUAUAAUCAUAUGUCGGUGUAAUACUAUAAACAUGUAUGUAUGUAACAUACACACACGCACUAUAUGUAUAUACGUACAUACACUCAUCCAAUGAUUAUAUACUAUAGACUAUUUCGUUUCAGAUAGAUGGAUAAUUACUACUUAGAGAUAGUAGUGACGAGUUCCGUGAUAUUAUCAACAUCUUACUGUACCUAAUUUUCUACAAAAUAUUUUUCUUAUAGAUAUGAAGCAAAAUUGAUAAAGUCUCAUUGUAUGUUUUCCUAAUAGUACAGUGGGAAAAUAAGUCGAAAUUUGUUAAAGGAACACUAAAAUAUAAUCCUUUAUCAAAUUUGCAUGAUAUAUACAUUCAACUCGCAAAAUAUAAGCGAAAAAUAUCACUCAAGUCUGAGAACAAAUACAGAAAGAUAGAUCAUGAAAUUUCGCAAAUUUUCGUCAUCUUACUCACAUUAACAAAAUGGAUAUAUGUACAACAUGUAUGUACAUACAUAAACAAAUGGUUAUAUGUACAAGAUGUAUGUAUAAAUCGUAAAAUAAUUUUCAUAAUGUUCAACGUAUACAAUAUAAAAAAAAACAAAAAAUAAAAAACAGACAUAUAACACACCUAUAACUUGAAAGAACCUAAAUCCUAAAUGUAGUAUUGUGUUACACGCUCUAAAGAUAAGAACGUAUUUGGUUGAACAGUGAAUUUGGGAAUGAGAGAAUUACAAUUUUAUGUAACUGGAAGAUAAAAGCAGAAUCAGUCGCUAAUUAAUUUUUGGCAAAAAUAAUCAAAAUUACUUGUUAAUUAAUUAAUUAAUAGUUUCUAUCAAUAAUAAUUCGAGAGGCUAUGUGCAGCGAACGCUGGUCUUUUAUUUCGGAUGGCAUAGUGUUGUGAUCAUACUUCAAUCUCGAUAAAAUGUCGUUUGCUUGUGCUGCGAUAUUAUAAUAUUAAGCUAUUAAGAGAAAGAUUGUGUUCCUCAUUCAAAGGAUAAAAUGACAAAUUUAUUUUGGCUACUAUGAUUAAUUACUUAUUAUUAUUAAUACACACAUCGAGAAAACUUUUAUCCCGAGCACUCUAUUAUAUUUCAACUUAUAGAAACUUUCUUAAUAUGGAAAAAAUUUUUCUCGUUGGAUAAUCUGUAUAAUUGAUCAAUUUUCUUCGUUGCAUGAUAUCACCAACAUUCUAUUUCUCUUACACAUGAUUAAAUGUCGAUUUAAAUUCUUUCCUUUUUUAAGAGAAGCUUGCAUAUUCCUUCAAGGUGCAGUCUAAUUCAAUUAUUUGGCAUAUAAUGUGGCACAAAAUCUCCUCAUGAGUUUUCUUAUUGUUAGUCAUAAGUAAAAUGUUGGGUAAAAUCUAUAGUAGAGCAUUCAUCUGAUGAUUGGUAAUUUCCAAUUCAUUUUUUAUCGACAUCUAAUGUCUUUAAUUUCGUAGAUGGACAGAAUUAUCUUGAAAAUUUAAUUUCGCUGAGUUAAAAAUUUGACACACUCACUAAGAAAAGUUAAUUAAAUGAAAGAAUUAAAAGUAUUUUAUUAGAAAAUUCAAAAAAGAAAAGAAGAAAAAGAAUUAUAGAUAUAUACAGGAUAAUUUGAUGAUAGCUCCAAUCGAAUCUUUGUCUAUCAAUUACAAGGUGGCUAUUCUAAUAUCGAUCUAUCCAACAUUCUGUGCAAUUUAAUUAAUAUAAGAUUACAAUAUAAAACUUUUUUUCGAUGUGCGUAUUCUUGACUGGAAUUAACGAAAAUAGAGACAAAAAUGGAUCCAUAAAGAGAAACGUGCAAUAGUAAUAAAUGCUAUUAAAUUUGUUAUCAACUUAAUAAUAUCUUUGCGCGUUGCUUACGAGCUUUCAAUAAACAAAUGCUUUAGUGUAUGCCAGACAUCAAGAGUGUUUUUCUAUGUGAAAUUAGACCUAUUUCAAGAUAUACCGUAUCGUGUCUCGAUAUUUAUGAUUCAGAAUUCUGAUCUAUCUGAUAAUUUGACGUCUCUAAAUGUUUGAUACGUCUAACUUGACGUGGCAAAGCUCUCUGAUGUCGCAAGUGAUGUACGCGUAUGUAUAUGUAUUUGACGUAUAUAUAUACAUCAAUUUCUGUACAUUUUAAAAAAACACGCGUAUGUAAAGUGUGGGCACUACACUUGGCUGUACAAAGAUACAAAUAAUCAUAUCCUGAGGCUGUACCUAUCGUCUUAAUCGAUGGAUCUGAUUUAUUCGAACCGCAAUGAGAACUGAUCGAUGCGUUUCUCUGAAUUCUUAGAUCCAUGGAUACCUAGCUGAAUAUAAUAUUAACGUAAAAACGGCGAGAUGUCAAAUCCUCUCACUAUUUAUUGUAUCGUAACAAAUAAAAACGAAAAAAUAAAGAAAAUUGGCUUACAAUGUUAGGAUA